AUGGUUUCUGCAGGAGCCCCCUGGGCGUGGAUGCUCGGAGCCCUCAUCACAGCCUUGAUUGUGGGGGCUGCAGAGCCUGUUCUUGCAAACGACACUUCCUGCGACAACCCCUCGGGGAGCACCCGGGACCUGGGUUCGGGCCCCGGGGAGAGCAGCCGGUCCGACGGCGGCAGCAGCAGCCGCAUCGUGAACGGGUCGGACUGCGAGCGGGACACACAGCCGUGGCAGGGCGCGCUGCUGCUGGGACCCAACCAGCUGUACUGCGGGGCGGUGCUGGUGGACCCACAGUGGCUGCUCACGGCCGCGCACUGCCGGAAGCCUGUCUUCCGGGUCCGGCUGGGCCACCACUCCAUGUCCCCCGUCUACGAGUCGGGCCAGCAGAUGCUCAGGGGGAUCAAGUCCAUCCCCCACCCCGGCUACGCCCACCCCGGCCACUCCAAUGACCUCAUGCUCAUCAAGCUGAACCGCAAGGUGCGGGAGAGCCAUAAGGUCAGACCCAUCCGCAUCGCGUCCCACUGUCCCACCGCCGGGACCCGCUGCACCGUGUCGGGCUGGGGCACCACCAGCAACGCCCAGCACGCCUUCCCCAAGGCCCUGCAGUGCUUGAAUAUCACCGUGCUGAGCGAGGAGCGGUGCAGGGACGCCUACCCCCAGCAGAUAGACUGCACCAUGUUCUGUGCCGGCGACGAGGAGGGCAGAGACUCCUGCCAGGGUGACUCUGGGGGUCCCGUGGUAUGCGACGGGGCCCUGCAGGGCCUCGUGUCCUGGGGCGACUACCCUUGUGCCCAGCCUAACCGCCCGGGCGUCUACACCAACCUGUGCAACUUCACCAAGUGGAUCCAGGACACCAUUCGCUCCAACUGA